AUGACCGAGCUUAAGGUAACGGCGAACCGACUACCUGAAGUUUACCGAUCUCUACUGGCCGUUGGUGCUGAAGAACGUAUUGUUUCGCUGACUGGCUCUUGGUUAAAGGCGCACUUCAUUCUGCUGCUGACAGCAACCCCGUUUUUUAAUGAUAUCCGUGACUUUAUGGGAUAUGAUAAGCUGCUCCUUCCCUCCAAUCCGGAGGUCACCCAGAGAAUGAGCGGUCCGCGGAUUGCCCAGCUUUUGAACACUGUGCCACAGUCCACAGAACAAUCGAUCUUGUGCAGCCGUGAGUUUGUGGAGGCUCGGGGGUUCGGUAAGGAUAUUGAUUCCCAAGUACUGCCUUGA